AUGGCGGGACAAACUAUUAACGACAGGCUCUUAGCUGCUCGUCAUAGCAUCGCAGGGCAGGGACUGGCAAAAUCAGUUUGUAAAGCCACUACUGAAGAAAUGAUCGCACCUAAAAAGAAACACUUGGACUAUCUCGUACACUGCACGAACGAGCCGAACGUCUCGAUACCCCAGCUGGCGAAUCUCCUGGUAGAGCGCACUCAGAACACCAACUGGGUGGUGGUGUACAAGGCUCUCAUCACCGUCCACCACCUGCUAGCGUACGGCAAUGAGAGGUUCACACAAUACCUAGCGUCGAGUAAUUCGACGUUUCAACUGAGUAAUUUCUUAGACAAAAGCGGGGUACAAGGCGCGGCCGGCGCCAGGAUUGGCUAUGACAUGUCCCCGUUCAUCCGGCGCUACGCCAAGUACCUGAACGAGAAGGCUCUAUCCUACAGGACCGUGGCCUUCGACUUCUGCAAAGUGAAGAGGGGCAAAGAGGAGGGCUCCCUGCGCAUGAUGAAUGCGGAGAAGCUGCUGAAGACGCUGCCGGUGCUACAAGCGCAGCUGGACGCCUUGCUCGAGUUCGAUUGCACAGCCAACGACCUCACCAACGGGGUCAUAAACAUGUGCUUCAUGCUCCUCUUCAGAGAUCUCAUAAGAUUGUUCGCGUGCUACAACGACGGCAUCAUCAAUCUGCUGGAGAAGUACUUCGACAUGAACAAGAAGAACUGCCGCGAAGCUCUAGACCUCUACAAGAAGUUCCUCAUCAGGAUGGACAGAGUCGGGGAGUUCCUCAAGGUGGCAGAGAACGUGGGCAUCGACAAGGGCGACAUCCCGGACCUGACGAAGGCGCCCAGCAGCCUGCUGGACGCACUGGAGGGUCACCUAGCCACCCUUGAGGGGAAAAAGGGCUCCGCAGCCAACACGCCCACCCAGACCGCCAGCGCCCAGAAGAACGUGGCGAGCGUGAUGGGCGCGCUGUCGUCGACGUCCUCGUCGUUCGGCAACGCGGCCGCCUCCUCGCGGCUGGAGCACAACGGGGCGCUGCUCAUCGACGACUCGCUGCGCCAGCAGGCCCUGGCCGAGGAGGAGGCCGCCAUGAACCAGUACAAGGUGAGCCCCUCUCGCUCUUCUUGGUGGGGCAUGAACCAGUACAAGGUGAGCCCCUCUCACUCUUCUUGGUGGGGCAUGAACCAGUACAAGGUGAGCCCCUCUCGCUCUUCUUGGUGGGGCAUGAUCCAGUAUAUGGUGAGCCCCUCUCGCUCUUCUUGGUGGGGCAUGAACCAGUACAAGGUGAGCCCCUCUCGCUCUUCUUGGUGGGGCAUGAACCAGUACAAGGUGAGCCCCUCUCGCUCUUCUUGGUGGGGCAUGAACCAGUACAAGGUGAGGUGGUGGGGCAUCAGCCCCCCUCUCGCA